UACCAGAUAGCAACAAACAAAACUCUCUUGACGCGCUUCUUUUCUUCUAGAACAUCUUCUCGGUUUUCCAAAAGUCACAUCUCGACACAGCAACCAUGGCCCACAACUUCGCGCCGUAUCAGAGCAGCCCUCCCGAAUCAACACGCGCACUGUCACCACCACUCCGCACAUCAACCUCGUCACCCCGCCCUGCAGUAGUCACCCCUCGCGCACAAGCAAGCAUUGAAGACCCAUGGGCCGCGACACGCGUUUCGCAACUACCUUCACCCUCUGCCUACGAUGAUCUCGAAGCUGCCAACACAAAUCAAAGCUCGCGGUUAAGAGGAGAUGGCUACUAUGUCUUUGAAACGAGCUUGGGAAUUCGUAUGGACAUCGAGGCCUGUCUGCCUUAUUUGCUGCUACCGCCAGCUGGAGGUGUCGCCAUGUUGAUCUUUGAGAGAAAGAGCGACUACGUGCGAUUCCACGCCUGGCAGUCUAGUCUUGUCUUUGCCGCCUCAUUCGUGCUGCAUAUCUUGCUGUCCUGGUCCCGCUUCUUGUCAUGGCUACUCUUCAUUGGCGAUCUUGGCUUGAUUGUUCUGCUGGUCUUGAGGGCCUACCGUGAUGCCGAGACUCUCGACCGAUUUGAAUUGCCCUUCUUCGGACGCCUGGCUAGCACCUAUGUCGACCGCGAGUAAGGUGCUGCGUAUCAUCCGGACCAUCAUGAAUAUACCACCUUCCGCCUGCUUAUUAUCAACGAUACCCCCGACCUUUGCAUAUAACUUCUUCUUCUUCUUCCCUUCCGACAUUUGUACAAAAUCCCCCAUACAGCUUUAAUGUCAGACUCUAUCUUUCCACAGC